AAAUGAAAAACAAAAACUGAUUCACAAAAUCUUCACUUUCUUUGAUUUCUUUCGUUGCAGAGAAAAGAAAAAAUGGCAUCAGAUGAAAGUAUGACGGUUGUUUCUUCUUUGCAAGACGAUGAGUACGAUGAUCUUGAUGUUGGGUUUCAUCCACAUAACUUGUCCAGGCUUUCCAUGUACACUAAUGAUGGGGAUGAUUAUGAUGAUGAUGAUGAUCAUAUGGGGAUGUCGAAUGACAUGUCGAGAUUGUCGAUCGAAAGCUUUGAUGCAGACGUGGACGGAGAUUUCUCCGCAAAGAAGUUUCUCGAGUUGUCAUCGGACUCCGACCAAGAACCUAGCUGUUACUCGCUUCCCGCCACGCCGCCUCGUAGGAGGAACAGAACCGGGAUACUGAUGGUGGUGAAAGAUUACGCCAGUGAAAACGAAUCUCAAAAAGGUGGUUUGGGGAGGCUAAAAGGACGGAGCGGUCGGGGCAAGAACCCGAGGAAGAGGAGGGUCACAAGGGAGAAAUGGGCGGAGGUAAGUGGUGGUAAAAGUGAGAGCAAAAAGAAAGAUGGUGAUUUAAUGGCGGGCUAUAGCAAUUACAGUGGGAGUUUCAGUGGGGAGAGUGAAGGGGGAGGUGUCGUGGUUAUUACAAGGCCUAAAGGUGGGAACAGGUCGUUGUGUAUGGACUUGGAGGAAGUGAAGGCGUGUCGGGAUCUUGGGUUCGAGUUGGAACAUGAGCGGAUGUUCGAGAUGCCCGGUCGUGUUUCGCUGUCAGGUUCCACUUUUGAUAAUACCAGUAGUGGUGGCAAUUCCCCCAUUGCAAACUGGCGUAUAUCUAGCCCUGGUGAUCACCCGAGAGAUGUGAAGGCUCGGCUUAAGGUGUGGGCACAAGCAGUGGCACUUGCAUCCACGUCCAGGCAUUGAAGCUGUCAAUUCUACUCUCAACUAUCAUUGACUAUUGUUUUUAGUUCUCAGUUUUGCUUCUUUUUUCUCCAUCGAAAUCCUUUUGGUGGAAUGAAUUUGGUAUACUUCGGUUGGAGUUGGCAUUAGAGAGAUUCAUGUACCUUUCCUGAUUACUUGUGUAUGGUUUUAGGGUUGUAAAUAACAGGGUAGAAUAUGGAGAUAGAUGGCAGGCUUUAAAUUACACUUGCUCGAGCAGUUUCAUGUAUUAUUUUCUGAUUCGUUUUAAGUUCUGAAUCUUGAAUCUUGAUUUGGGAAGUUUCGAGUAUA